AUGCAAUUGGAUGCAACGUUUAAGAACAAAUUAUUUAAGGAAGAGGUAGAACGCAGAUGCAAGGAUAAGCUAUGCUUCGAAUGUGGCAAACCAGGCCAUCGGGCCAGGGAUUGUCGAAGCAAGAGAUCAUCAGGAGGAGGUUAUCACAAGAAGUUCGGCAAAGGUCAACUCAAUGCUACCUUUGUACCCCAACUAUACGCUUCAUAUCCAAUCGAAGACGAUAGUUACGAACGUAAAGAACGUCAAAAGGAAAUUGAUGCAAUACUACAAGACCAGGAAGGGUUGAUGUUGCCCAAAAGUGACGCCACUCUUGAGGAGUGGUUAAUUGGACUCUGGGGCAUGUAUGCAAGAGUAGGGUUCUGA